AAAACAAAUAAAGAAAAAAAAGAACCAUACCAAUACUCACCCCUCUUUUCCUUGUGAGUGGUAACGUUAGUAGUGGCUAGCCCAGCCAACUCCUGUCUGAGGGGGAGAAAGAAGCUAACGUUUAGCUAAAGAUUGUGGAAACUUAACGUUAUCGUGGGAAAUAUAAUAAUUACUGUGAAAAUCGUUUGUUUUAAAACGUGUGACUUGUAACCGUAUGCGUACGUUUUAGUUCAACUGAAUAAGAUGUCAACUCCAGCAAGACGACGUUUAAUGAGAGAUUUUAAGCGGCUUCAAGAGGACCCUCCUGCAGGAGUUAGUGGAGCCCCGUCGGAAAACAAUAUCAUGGUAUGGAAUGCCGUAAUUUUUGGCCCAGAGGGAACACCUUUUGAAGACGGAACUUUCAAACUCACAAUAGAAUUCACAGAGGAAUACCCUAAUAAGCCUCCAACUGUGCGUUUUGUCUCCAAAAUGUUUCAUCCAAACGUCUACGCAGAUGGUAGUAUAUGCUUGGACAUUCUUCAGAACCGCUGGAGUCCAACUUAUGAUGUUUCUUCAAUUCUAACUUCAAUACAGUCUUUACUGGAUGAGCCGAAUCCCAACAGCCCAGCCAACAGCCAGGCGGCUCAGCUGUACCAGGAGAACAAGCGGGAGUACGAGAAGCGGGUGUCUGCCAUCGUGGAACAGAGUUGGCGUGAUUGUUGACACCCUCACCGUUCACAAAGUAUGAACAAUAUCCAGCCUCAAGUCAAAAAGAGAACAGAAGAAAAAUAUCUCAAAGGAAAUGAAAUACACAUGGUUUGAAUCUUU